AUGGACGCAGUAGAGAAAGCAAACGCUGACAGACAGAAAAAAUGGUCCAAGGACCAGAAGAUUGGUGAAGGUGCCUAUGCUGUGGUAUACAAAGGCAGGGAAAUUGCGACGGGAAGGAAAGUGGCCAUCAAGAAGAUAAAGGUAGGUCAGUUCAAGGAUGGCCUCGACAUGUCCGCAAUCCGCGAGGUCAAGUUCUUGCGAGAACUGAAACACCAGAACGUGAUCGAGCUGCUUGACGUCUUCUCAUCGAAGAAGAACCUGAACCUCGUGCUGGAAUUCUUGGACACCGACCUCGAGCUGGUCAUCAAAGACCGGUCCUUGGUCUUCCUGCCCGCAGAUAUCAAGAGCUGGAUGGCCAUGACGUUCCGCGGCCUCGAGUUUUGCCACCGUAAUUUCAUCCUGCACAGGGAUUUGAAGCCAAACAACUUGCUCAUCGCCGCCAACGGCCAGCUGAAAAUUGCCGAUUUCGGUCUCGCGCGCGACUUCGCGGACCCGGGGUACAAGAUGACAUGCCAGGUCAUCACCCGAUGGUACCGCCCACCCGAGCUGCUCUUCGGUUGCCGAUACUACAGCACGGCCGUCGACAUCUGGUCCGUCGGAUGCAUCUUCGCCGAGCUGAUGUUGCGCACGCCCUACCUGCCCGGCGAGACCGACAUGGACCAGCUGAAGACGAUCUUCCGCGCGCUCGGCACGCCUACCGAGGAUGACUGGCCCGGCCACACGAAACUGCCAGACUACGUCCCCGUGGGACAGUUCGCGAAGACGCCCUUCCGCGACCUCUUCACCGCCGCGAGCUCCGACUGUCUGAACCUCCUCGGCAAGUGCCUCAUCUACGACCCCCGCCGGCGCAUCAGUGCGAAAGACGCCCUCAACCACCCCUACUUCUUCGCCCUCCCGUACCCCACGCACCCCUCCAAGCUCCCCAAGCCGGCUAAGAAGGAGGACGCGGCCCCGCUCGAGGAGGUCGACGGCAACGUCGAGCAGAACGGCUCCGGCCCCGGGGUCAAGGCGAACCCGCCCAACAACAACAAGCUCAAGCGCAAGCACUCCUCCGACGAGCUCGGCAGCCGCCCCGUCGCGCGCCGCCUCGACUUCACAAAAUCCUGA